AUGAAGUUGUUGAGUUGGAUGCAAAGUAAACUCCAAGGAAAAGUAAAAUUUCAGAACAAAGGAUCACAUUCAAACUCUUCAAUUGAGCAGCUUGAAGAAACCAGUCCUUUGCCUCUUGGCCUACUAGCAAUUGGAACUUUUGGCAACAAUAAUGUGUUGAAUGUAUUGAAGACGACCGAUGCCGAAAACACUGUCGUUGACGCUCGAUCUCCAUCGAAAGAAACCGAAGAUGAAGGUGGUUCUCUUGAAGAUAUCCCUAAAUUAGAAGAGGAGUUGAGGGAACUUUGGCAGCAAAACACUCAACUUGGGGAAGAGGAAACUGAUGAUUUUGAUAAUGAUCAAACAGAAGAACAAGGUGUGAAAAAGAACAUUGGUAAUUUAGUGAUUGGGGAAUGGAAAGAUGAUGAUGAGAAAAGUAAUCAUCCAAAAUCCAUUGUGAAGAGAUCCGUAUCGUUUCUGGUCAAGAAGAUAUUUGUCUGUGGAAGCGGUUUUGCACCGUUGCCACCAUUGCCGCCACUGAGCUUCAUGGACACACCGCAAGACGCAACGAUGAAAAAGAUCUUGAGGAUGAUGCUUCGUAAGAAGAUAUACCCUAAGAAUUCUUCUCAAAUGGCUUCAUUGAAGAGAUUCAUAAAGGAGAAAGAGAGGAGAGAUAAGAGAAGUGAAGAUGAAGAGAACAAAUAUGAUAAUUGUAAUAAUGUAAACUCAAGGUCAAAAUCCAUUCAAUAA